AUGAUCUAAAAUAUUUCCAAAAAAGUUUUAGCUAGAACACUAAGCAAUGUUUAAAAGCAAGGAUUCGCAUCUAAGUUUGCCAACUUCAAUUACUAGGAUGCUUUGAACUUAAGAUCCUCACUCACUGAAGAAGAAGUCACAAUCAUGGAAAAUGCUAGAUAAUUCGCUCAAGAUUAACUUAUGCCAGGAAUCUUAGAAGCUAACAAAAAUGAACACUUUGAUAAAGAAAUAAUGAAAAAGUUUGGACAAAUGGGAUUUUUGGGUUGCACUAUAUCAGAUUAUGAUCUUCCAGGAGUCUCCUCAGCUGCCUAUGGUCUUAUCAAUAGAGAAGUCGAAAGAGUUGAUAGUGGUUAUAGAAGUGCUUUAAGUGUAUAAAGCUCUCUUGUUAUGCAUCCUAUUCAUGAAUUCGGUUCAAAGCAAUUGAAAGAUAUUUAUAUUCCUAGAUUAGCUACUGGUGAAUUAAUUGGUUGUUUUGGCUUAACUGAACCUAAUCAUGGUUCUGACCCUGGCUCAAUGGAAACUCGUGCCAAGAAAGAUGGAGAUGACUAUAUCCUUAACGGUUCUAAGACAUGGAUUACUAAUUCACCUAUAGCUGAUAUUUUCGUUGUUUGGGCUAAGGACGAGUAAGGUGAUAUUAGAGGGUUUGUAUUAGAAAAAGGCAUGAAGGGUUUAACUGCUCCUAAAAUUGAAGGUAAAUUGUCUUUAAGAGCUUCUAUUACUGGUAUGAUUUUGAUGGAUAACGUCAGAGUUCACAAGUCUUAAAUGCUUAAUGUCAAGGGAUUGAAGGGACCUUUCUCUUGCCUCAACAAUGCAAGAUUUGGUAUCUCUUGGGGUGCCCUCGGUGCAGCUGAAUACUGCUUCCAUGCUGCAAGAUAAUAUACAUUAGAUAGAAAGUAAUUCAAUGUACCAUUAGCUUCAUUUUAAUUAAUUCAAAAGAAGUUUGCUGACAUGCAAACUGAAAUUGCAUUAGCUCUUUAGGCUUGUCUCUAAGUUUCUAGAUUAAAAGAUAGCGGCAAUUUAGCUCCUGAAAUGAUUUCUCUAGUUAAAAGAAAUUCAUGCAUGAAAUCUAUUUAAAUUUGCAGAGAAGCUAGAGAUAUGUUAGGUGGAAACGGUAUUGCUGACGAAUAUCAUAUUUUAAGACAUUCUAUUAACUUAGAAACUGUAAAUACUUAUGAAGGUACUAAUGAUAUUCAUGCUUUAAUUCUUGGUAGAGCUAUAACUGGAAUAUAAUCAUUUACAAGAACUUAUCCUUGA